CGGGCGGCGCCGUUGGUUGGGGCGCGGCUGGAGGGCGCGGCGCUAGUGGCGCCGAUGGAUGGGCACUACCGGCCCGGCCAGUUCAUGGCGUUGCUGCUGUGCUUGGGCAUGACAGCGGCGCUGGCCUUGGGCUGCCUGCACUGCGACCCCAAUUUCUCGAAGAAGUUCUCCUUCUACCGCCACCACGUGAACCUCAAGUCCUGGUGGGUUGGUGACAUCCCCGUGUCGGGAGUGCUGCUCACCGAGUGGAGCCAGAACACGAUGAAGGAACUACACCUGGCCAUCCCCGCCGAGAUCACCCGGGAGAAGCUGGAUCAAGUGGCAGGAGCCGUGUACCAGAGGAUGGACCAGCUGUACCAGGGCAAGAUGUACUUCCCAGGGUAUUUCCCCAAUGAGCUGCGGGCCAUCUUUCGGGAGCAAGUGCGCCUCAUCCAGAACGCCAUCAUAGAGAGCCGCAUCGACUGUCAGCGUCACUGUGGCAUCUUCCAGUAUGAGACCAUCUCCUGCGUCAACUGCACAGACUCACGUGUUGUCUGCUUUGGUUACUACUGCAAGUCAUCAACACAGUGGCAGUCAGCUGUGCAGGGUCUUCUGAGUUACAUAAAUACCUGGCACAAUCAGGAUACAAGCACGAGAACCACCCCAGCCUUCCUUUCACCAAGUAUAAGGUGUCUGGAAGUGCAGCACUUGGUGAACCUGACUUUGGAAAACGCCUCUGAGUGUCUGACCCAGCAUUGAUGGCGCUGCUCAGCCCCAGUAUUAGCGGGGGCCAGGACUCAGCUACACUGUUGCCUGUUCCUCCAGGAGAGGCCAGCUGCUACCUGCCUCUGGUCACCCCAUGGAGCCCAGGCUGGGCCGGGGCUGGGGAAGCAGGGAGAUGGGCUUGUGUAUAGAUGGCGGGACCCCUGGACAGGGCCCCCAGAGAAAUUUUGAUUAAAGUGUCCUGACAUUUCUCAUGAUGAACAAUUCUUUUCUGCCAGAUCUGACUGGGUAUUUGACGUAGCUGGAGGCAUGGGCUUUUCCUGAACAUGUGUGGGUGUGGAGUCCUGAUCUACUCACAGGGAGGGAGGGAUCCAACAGCUUGGCUGGCAUCUGCAGCAUCUUCCUCAGGGUCCAGGGACUCUGAUUUAUUCCAGUCCUUUUGAGUUCUUAUGGGUUGAUUUGCAGAGGGGCUGUUCUGUUCUUGUUGACGCAGGAGUGUGCCACAUAGCAGAAGCCCUUACAUUCUCCCUG